AUGGCGAUUAUUAGGAAGAUGAAAGAUUCGAGUUUGUUCCUCUUUGGGCUCUUCUCUUUAACUGUUUUGGUCUCUCAGUCGAUCGCAGGAAGAGUCAAAGCUCCAUUGUUGCAGAGCCGUUCCGAUGGAUUAGUUUUCAGCAAAUCCUUCAAUUCGAUCUAUGAUACUUCUAUGUACGGUCGAUUGCAGCUCAACAAUGGUCUCGCUCGAACUCCACAAAUGGGAUGGAAUAGCUGGAAUUUCUUUGCUUGCAAUAUCAAUGAAACAGUCAUUAAGGAAACUGCUGAUGCUUUGGUCUCAUCUGGCUUGGCUGAUUUAGGAUAUAUACAUAUCAAUAUAGAUGAUUGUUGGUCCAAUUUGUUACGCGAUUCAAAGGGUCAAUUGGUUCCUCAUCCUGAAACCUUCCCAUCAGGAAUAAAGGUUCUUGCUGAUUAUGUUCAUUCAAAGGGUCUCAAACUUGGUAUAUAUUCUGAUGCUGGCAUUUUCACGUGUGAAGUUCGUCCAGGAUCCCUUUUCCAUGAAGUGGAUGAUGCAGACAUUUUUGCUUCUUGGGGUGUGGAUUAUCUGAAAUAUGACAACUGUUAUAACCUGGGAAUAAAACCAAUCAAAAGAUAUCCUCCAAUGCGUGAUGCUCUAAAUGCAACUGGACGCUCAAUCUUCUAUUCCCUCUGUGAAUGGGGCGUUGAUGAUCCUGCCUUGUGGGCAAAAGAAGUUGGAAACAGUUGGCGCACAACCGAUGACAUCAAUGAUACAUGGGCAAGUAUGACUACGAUUGCUGAUUUGAAUAACAAGUGGGCUGCAUAUGCUGGACCUGGUGGUUGGAACGAUCCGGAUAUGUUGGAAGUUGGGAAUGGAGGGAUGACUUACGAGGAGUAUAAAGGUCAUUUUAGCAUUUGGGCUUUGAUGAAGGCACCACUUUUGAUUGGUUGUGAUGUAAGAAACAUGACAGCUGAAACUUUUGAGAUUUUGAGCAAUAAGGAGGUUAUCGCUGUAAACCAAGACCCACUUGGUGUUCAAGGAAGGAAAAUUCAAGCCAAUGGAGAGAAUGAUUGUCAGCAGGUGUGGUCAGGGCCUUUAACUGGUGACCGUAUGGUAGUUGCUCUCUGGAACCGUUGCUCAGAGCCUGCAACCAUUACAGCAUCAUGGGAAAUGAUAGGUCUUGAGUCUACCAUUAGCGUCUCAGUGAGAGAUUUGUGGCAGCACAAAGAUGUAACUGAGAACGCUUCUGUUUCGUUUGAAGCUCAAGUAGACGCACACGACUGUCAUAUGUACAUUCUCACUCCCCAGUCAGUUUCACACGCGGAUGUAUAG